GCUUCAACUUAAAGACGACGAAGAGGAUGCAGUGGAAGCUCAUUCCAAUGCCAACUUGAUAUCACGGUGAUGGGUACUGUAGCACAGCUCCUAGUGCUACUCUGGAAGAACAUCUUGAUUCAGACGCUCCGGAGACAUCCUUUUUUUACCCUGUUUCAAAUCGCAGCCACAAUCGGGGUCUUUUACAUCUAUAUGUCAUGGUUGGCUGACGAGCCGCCGAGAUUUAUUCCGAAGUACACGAAAGCUAAGACUUACCGGGAAUUUUCUGGAAGUCCUGUUCGUGCAGUUGUGUACGGCCCUAAUGACUCAUCGCCGUACACGACCUUUAUCCUUCAAAGUGGUUUUCCGGAUGCCUUAAACUACAGUAGACUUGGAAUCGACUUGCCGGGACCAGAUGGUCCAAAUUCAAUAAUACAACCCCUCAUAGGGGUCAGCACGUUACAGGAGGUUAAGGAGUCAUGCACUAGUAGCCAUUAUUGCUUCUUCCUGACAUCAUCCGGCAAUGACGCAGACCUGAGCUACACCAUUGUCCACCAUGACUAUGCAAGAUAUGACUUUGCUGAGAAGGCUGACCCUUCGUACAUUACACUAGGAAGUUGGCCCUCAGGUAAGUUUGCAUCUCUGCAAAUGAAACUGGAACGGUCACAUGUUGUCUGGCUCGCACAGAAGAAGAAAAUUGAUCCCAAGACAAUUCCUACGAUUGCAACGAGGCAGUUUCCUCAACCAAGGAUUCCCCAGGAGCGAAAAACACCAUACCAAAAAGCGUUUGCGCUGUUCGUCUUGGCCUUCAUGAUCCAUUUCAUAAUUCAUGUGGGCAGCAUCGUUACUGAAACUGAGACCGGCAUAAAAGAGAUGUUGAAACUUAUGGGCCUCAGUGAGUUUGUCUACUGGGUUGGUCAUCUCUGCACGUCGCUUUUCAUCACUAUCACCUCUUGCAUCCCUAUCGGCGUAAUACUUGUCAAUGUUGGAAAAUUCCGUCCCACAAUACCCGGCGCUGACAUCACUCUCGUUGAGACAGCUUUGCUGCUCUUCUGUCUUCAUCUUGGAAUGCAUAUCUUGUUUGUGGCAUGCCUUUUUAAGAGAUCGAACGUGGCUGUCACUUUUGCCAUCAUAUACUGGUUAGUGGCGUCACUCUGGCCAAUUAGCAAGGUCGGUUCCACACUUUCUCAAUACAUGACGUAUUCCCGCGUUUGGAAAUUGGCCUACUGCAUGACGCCUCUCAUUGGAACUUAUUACACGAUACUACUUAUUGGACUUGCUUGUGACAUAAAAGGCUCAGCAGGAUGGUCUGUCGUGACGGUAUUCUCUGAAGGACAAGACAACAUCACCAUACUCGACGUCUGGAUGACGAUGCUGGUCACCGACAUGGCUAUGGCCAUCCUAGUGUGGUAUUUCACCAGAGUACUGCCGUGGGUGACUGGAAUACCGCAACCAUUCUACUUUCCUUUUCUGCGGAACUACUGGAAUCCCAUCGUCACAGUCGAUAAAGUUGACACCGCAGCGCUAGCGGCGCGGGACCCUGCUCGGUUUGAAACAGACCCGAAUGCAGAAGCUGUAAUCGCGAUAAAAGGAUUAUGUAAGAAUUUCGAAAACAAUACAGCCUUAAAUGGCAUUGACGUCAGAUUUUUCAAAGGCGAGAUCACGGUGCUCCUGGGUCAUAAUGGGGCUGGUAAGACUACCAUGAUGAGCAUCUUAACUGGUAUUUUGCCUCCAACAGCAGGCACUGCUGUCAUCUGCGGCUUUGAUGUCGUCAAGAAUACCGCAAGCGCACAAAAGAAUAUCGCCCUGUGCCCUCAGCUUGAUAUUUUUUUCCCAGACCUCACAGCGCACGAGCACUUGGCUUUCUUUUGUUCGGUUAGAGCUCAGUUGUCUCGCAAGGAUUUGGAAGCGCGUGUAUCCGAGGUUCUGGCUACCGUAAACUUGUCGGCCAAAGCUAAUGAACUGUCGAAAGCGCUCUCGGGAGGUAUGAAGAGGAGACUGAGUACAGCCAUUGCAAUUGUGGCCCAACCGCAGGUUGUCAUCUUAGACGAACCCACGGCGGGGACUGAUCCAGAGACAAGAAGGGACCUUUGGGAUAUGUUUUUGAGUUUGAGAAAACGGUGCACCAUAAUACUUUCUACACAUGACAUGGAGGAAGCGGACGUCUUAGGUGACAGAAUCGGCAUCAUGGCUCAUGGGAAUCUCCUCUGCUGGGGGACUCCAAUCUUUUUAAAGAAGGCAUUCGGUACGGGUUACCAAAUUCACCUGGCAAGAAGCGGCAACAUGAAGGUGGACAUGAUUCUCAGCAUCGUUAAGCAGACAGCUCCUAAUGCGGAAAUUGGUAGUGAGAGCCUAACGGAAGUGACAAUCUCCCUGGGGGUCUCCGAUCCACAGGGCUUCGAGUCUAUGUUCGCCACACUUGAGCAGCAAAUGCAGAAUCUCGGGAUCGGAAGUAUCGGCGUUACUGUUGCUACCAUGGAGGAUGUGUACAUAAAAGCAAACUUUGAAGAAGGAAAUGUUGGAAUGUUGGAAGUAAACGAAGCACAAGAAGCAAAAGACGAAGACGUGCAGCGCUUGUGUGUUUGCAGAAAGCGGCAUCCAAAUACGUUGCAACAACUGCGAGCUCUUCUGACGAAGCGCUUCAAAUACCAGUCUAGAGUGUGGUCUCCCUUUCUCAUCGGCGUCAUCUUACCCAUACUCAUUAUACUGGUCGAGCAGGAAGUUGAAAGUGAUACGGUAGCAGGGAUUGUCAAAAGCUAUGCUACAAGCUUUCAAGCAACAACGACGGUCCUUUCCUUUGCCUCCUUCUACCCAAACGAAAACGUAUUUGUCGAAUACGACAAAGAAGUAACCGACCUCGUGAACAAUUUUUAUCUGCCCAUCCUGAGGAAUGAGACUGCGCAUGUGGAGGUUGUACACAAAGCAGAACGUCUUCUCGCCGACUUGGGUCAGAAGAGGUACCAAGAGUAUAUCUACGCAUUUGCCUUAGGAGGAUCAUUUCGAAGCAACAAGAUUGUGGCGUGGUGGAACCCCAUCUACGCUGGCAGUCACUGUCUCAGUGAGCUUCUGGCAAGUACAGCAGUUCUACGCUCGGUGUCCGGUGAAGGCACGGCUCGGAUAACGGUAACAGCCGUCAUCGACAAUACCUACUACGACAGGAACACGUCCGGUAUAACCGCCAAAUACGAUCACGAGGGCGGGGUUAUCUCACAGUGGCGAAACAUUUAUCGCGGUGUGGCGUUCCCAUUGAUUACGUCAUUCACUGCGGCUGUGGCGGUCCUUUUCGCCAUCAUGGAACGUACCAGCAAUUGCAAGGCGCUUCAACUGAUGAGCGGAAUGUCCAGCAUCGUCUUUUGGUUCUCCAAUCUCUUCUUCGAUGCCGUCACUUUUGUUGUGACCUGGAUCAUCAUGUGCAUAAUUUUUAUUUUUUACAACGACACUUUCACAAGUACGAAAGUUGCCGCACUGAUUCUGCUGGUUCCAAUGGCCUGCGUGACCAUCUCUAUAAGCUACCUGGCUUCAUUUCUAUAUGACACGGAAGGCAGAGCUUUCGCCCUACUCACAAUCUUCUUUACUGUUGGGGGUACUGGGACGAUUGUCGUUGCUGCAUAUAUCUGGGGGAUAACUGCAGACGGUGGACUAAUGCCGUACAUCGUGCACACAGUGUUGACUGGUCUGCCGACAUGCAUUGCACCGUACAGCAUGCUUAAACUCCUGCAUCUCGACGGCAUAAAUAGAAACUGUCUGAAGUAUGCUGGAGAUCCUGCUGGAGAUCCUUGGGUAGGCCUAGAGCUAUACUGUGCUGCCGACCAGUAUAUAACCGGCCUCACACAUUGCUGCCAACAGGCGCAGAACGGUAAGGCAGGUGACGAUCUCAUGCUGUCGCCACUAUCCCUUGCUGCGGAUGCAGUUGGUCAACAGCUUAUCAUCAUGGUGAUUGAAGGAAUCCUGUUUCUUGCGGUCAUACUCCUAUUGGACAGUCGUUCUCGACGUUGGAAUACAGAGGGCGAAGUGCAAGUGUUAGCAGACAGCGAUGCUGAGGCAGAGCGGGCGCUUGUCGAGCAAGCAGUAGCAAGCCAAGGGGUCUCUCGGUACACACUUGUGGUUCGUCGCCUAAAAAAACAGUAUCCGAAUGUAACAGCUGUGCGUUCUCUGUGUUUCACCGUCCACAAUAAAGAAUGCUUCGGCUUGCUCGGCGUGAAUGGGGCUGGGAAGUCGACGACCUUCCAAAUGUUGACCGGAUUGGUGACUCCAACUGCCGGGGACGCAUAUAUGGGCGACAUGGUCAUGAGCAAGGGAGUUCGACAGUGGCAGUCUAGAAUUGGCUACUGUAUGCAGUAUGGCGGCCUUAUUGCACAGCUGAACGCGUUUGAAACCUUGUACCUAUUCGCUCGCCUACGUGGGGUACCCGAAAAGGACAUCGGUACCCUGGUCGGCAGCAUGAUCAAGGUUGUGGAUUUGUCGCUGCACGCGCGAAAGGUUUCUGGCAGUUAUAGUGCAGGGAAUAAGAGAAAGCUGAGCAUCGCAGUCGCCAUGAUAGGACUACCCGAACUGGUGUUCCUGGACGAGCCAAGUGCCGGAGUGGAUGUAGUGGCUCGAAGGAAAAUCUUUAAAGUAGUAAAGAGUGUCAGGGCUGCUUCGGGAAUUUCAAUGGUUCUAACAUCGCAUAGCAUGGAUGAGUGCGAGGCAGCCUGUGACCGCAUCGCUAUAAUGGUUGCGGGUGAGUUCCAGUGUCUUGGAUCCCUUCAACACCUCAAGGAGAAGAUGGGCCAGGGAUACACCUUGUCCAUUAAGCUCACCUCCAAAGAUGAAUCUCAACAGCCAGCAUUUGAAGCAGCCGUAAAUAAUAUAUUUCCCGGGAUCCAGCUCACAGACUUGCAUCAGGGACUGCACGAAUACCACCUAGUCCAAAUGCUGCCCUGGAGUGAGCUGUUCAAGCGCAUCGCGGAGUUGCGUAAACACUUUGCACUUGAAAAUGUCUUUGUAUCAGACACCACACUGGAGAGAAUAUUCAUCGGGCUUGCAAGAAAGGUUCUUCAACAAGAGGACAAUCAGUCACCAGGUGCUCAGGUCACUUCACGACGUCACUCUUUGCCUUCAGCACAGCCCUCAGCAACGCAUCCCGCGGUGCCAACUUGAGCCGCCUAUACUCAUUGGGAAUGAAUUGCAGCUCAUUACAGUGCACUCAUCAACUUUGCUUGGCUUAUUUCUAACUUUUUGUGACCUUCUGCUAUUAAAAUCUUGCACCGUGGUGGAGGCAUUCUGUGGC